AUGGCCAACUCAUCGGGCGAGCCGUUCUAUCUGCGAUACUACUCGGGGCAUAGCGGUCGCUUCGGCCACGAAUUCCUGGAAUUCGACUUUCGCGUCGUCGGGGACGGUCGCUCAGCCGUCGCACGAUAUGCCAACAACAGCAACUAUCGAAAUGACAGUCUGAUCCGCAAGGAGAUGUGCGUCUCGAGUCUGGUCGUCGACGAGAUCAAGCGCAUUGUCAAGAGCUCCGAGAUCAUGAAGGAAGACGACGCAAAGUGGCCACAGAAGAACAAGGACGGAAGGCAGGAGCUCGAGAUUCGAUUCGGAACCGAGCAUAUCAGCUUCGAGACCGCAAAGAUUGGCUCUCUAAUCGAUGUCACCGAGUCUUCGGACCCAGAAGGCCUGAGAGUCUUCUACUACCUGGUACAAGAUCUGAAGGCGCUUGUCUUCAGUCUCACAUCCCUGCACUUCAAGAUCAAGCCAAUCUCAUGA